GUUAUGCAGCGACGCAUGAACGGCUCGGAGAACUUUUACAGAAACUGGACUGAUUAUGAAAGAGGGUUUGGUAACCCGAAGAAAGGAUUUUGGAUCGAAAAUGACAACUUCCAGCGCAUAACGUCCAAGAAAAAGUACAAAGUGUUGUUUGUGUUGGAGGAUUUUGAAGGGCACGUGGCAUGUGCUGCUUAUGAUUCACUCAGUGUUGGCUCGCCAGAUACUUACUACGUUCCGAACAUCGCAAAAUACAAUGGAACCGCAGGUAAUUUAAACUCGUCUACUUUAUUGUCAUAUUUUACAUAG